GAAGAAGAAAAUGCUGAAUCCGAAGCAGAAGGAGCUGCACAAGAAGAUGAUGAAGUCGAAGCAGAAACAACUGCACAAGGAGCAGCUCGAGGUCGGAAAAAUCCGAGAAAUAAAAUGACCGCGAAGAGAGCGCGACGUGAGGAGGAUGAGGAAGAAGAUGCUGAAGUUGCCGCACAAGGAGCUGCACAAAGAAAUAAUAUUCUAGGACAAGGCAAGCCGUGGUACAGAUUUCGGUGCCAUACCAAAUCUGUGCUAGAUGUUAUUAAUUACUGGAAGGAAGAGCCAAGGUACUAUGAAGCAUGCAAGAAAGAG